AUGAGUACCCAAGACAAGAAAAAACAAAUUGAUCCAAUUCAUUCAUUCAUUGCAGGUGGUACAGCAGGUGCCAUAGAAGGUGUAAUAACAUAUCCUUUCGAAUUUGCUAAAACAAGAUUACAAUUAGUAGACCGUUCCUCCAAAGCAUCAAGAAACCCAUUAGUAUUAAUUUAUAACACUGCUAAAACCCAAGGUAUCUCAUCCCUUUAUACUGGAUGUCCUGCUUUUGUUGUUGGUAAUACAGUCAAAGCUUCUGUUAGAUUUUUAGGAUUCGAUUCAAUUAAAAAAUUAUUAGCUGAUAAAGAUGGGAAACUUUCAGGUCCAAGAGGUGUUAUUGCUGGUCUUGGUGCUGGAUUAUUAGAAUCUGUUGUUGCAGUUACACCAUUUGAAGCUAUUAAAACUGCCCUUAUUGAUGAUAAACAAUCAAAAUUACCAAAAUAUGGUUCAGGUCCAUUAACACCAUUUAGAUGUGUUAAAGAUCUUGGUCUUAGGGGUUUAUAUGCGGGUAUUUUACCAGUUUCUUUACGUCAAGCUUCAAACCAAGCUGUUAGAUUAGGUUGUUAUAAUCAAAUCAAGACUUUUAUACAAUCAACUUCAAAUACACCACCUAAUCAACCAUUAAGUUCUGGAUUAACUUUUGUGGUGGGUGCUUUUAGUGGGAUUGUUACUGUUUAUACUACAAUGCCUAUUGAUACUGUUAAAACUCGUAUGCAAGCCCUGGGGGCAGGGGAUAAAUAUAAAAGUACUGUUGAUUGUUUUAUUCAAAUUUUUAAAACGGAAGGAUUGAAAACUUUUUGGAAGGGUGCUACUCCAAGAUUAGGUAGAUUGAUUUUAAGUGGUGGUAUUGUUUUCACUAUUUAUGAAAAAGUUUUAGUUGUUUUGGCAUAG